AAAAUCCAACGGCCACAAUAUCUCAGGGAAUAACGCAGUAGCAGCAUCACCGCGAACGAAAAUUCUGGAGCGCGAAAGAUGUAGAAGUGCAAACUUGCGCAAGAGGAAAAAGAAUCGUGAGAAUUUCAACUUGAAAAACAAUCAUAGCAAUAAUCUUGUAUCAUAAUAAGAUCGAAAAUUGAAGAAAAAUAAAGUUGCAGAUUUCAAUGGUGCUGUGGGAGAUAACACUUGGAACUGCGUAUUUCUUAGGUCUGAAACGAACCUACAAACUUGCUCUUAGGAUUCAGCGUAAGAUCGUAACCCCUAAGUACCCUAAGAUCCGUCAAUUUCUUCACAGACGAACCCGUGCUGUAUUUGAUGCAGCAAUAAAGGUUCAUCGGAACAUUCAAGAAAGAGACAUAGAAGUGGGUAGGAAUAUUGGAAACUUCAUUUUGCGAUGUCUAGAUCGAAUGAAGCCCUCAGCUCAAAUUCGUGGUCCUCCUCAACUGCCCGUUGGUGGUGGUAGCUCAAGAGAGAGCAUGACAAAGCAUGCAACCGGCACUUCCAACCACAAGCCUCCCGGUCAUUCUGGAUUAUUGAAGAAGGACUCUGAUAGACGCUUGUUUACCUCAUCCACGCCAAAGCCAUUUCCUACCAUUUCAAGGACGACGAGACCACCAAAUCCUGCUGGGACUACAACCCAUGGCAGGCACCUCAGUACCUAUAGCCCUGAGGUCCUUAGACAAAACUACAGAGUGAGUUGGUCAGGGAGUGUUGUGAGGAAGGACAUCAUGCAUUGGAUGUUGCAAAACUAACUGUUUAAUGUUCAUCACUUCACCAGUGGCUUCUAUUGUUCAAACAAUUUUUUAUCUCGCCAGGACAAGGUGGUUGAAUAAUGCUUGUGUCUGAUGUUGGAAAUUGAUGAUGAUAGAAGCCUUGCUCUCGUCUCUUUGGACUUUGUAUAGCCUGUCAAGUUUCCUUUUGAUAGUGGGUGGUUAUGCAUUUUUUUCUUCAGUUUUGGUUAAAAGUACUAGUUGUUAAUAACCUCAUAUAACAGUUAAUAUACUUGCAUGUUGAUCAUAAUAGUGAAGAUUGUGCAUUCUGUUAUGAUUCUC